CGUGUCCGUGUGUAGAUCGGGUCCGCGAAAAAUCUGCCGCGUCAAAGCGCACUUUCUUUGUUUUCUGCCACUGCAAAUUACUACUUUCUUUUCUCUUCAAACUUGCGGAAAGUAUCGCAGCACUUUAUAGUCAGUGUGGGAUAUUUUGCCAAACUACGGUCAACAAACACGGCUUGUGAAACCUUCAUCGUCGAUCGCUGAGGAGAGGUAUUUUCUUUGCGACUCAACAAAAUGGUCAACAACGACAAGCAGCAACCGCAGGAGGACGAGAAUACCAUUGCCGACAGCUCGGUUGUGCAAAAGUACAAAACAGCUGGAGCGAUCGUGAACAAGACCCUCCAAAACCUCAUUCAGUCUUGUAAAGUAGGAGCCUCGGCGAAAGCACUAUGCCAGAAGGGAGACAAUCUGCUGGAACAGGAAGCCAACAAGAAAUAUAAAAAUGAAGAUGAUAUGAAAAAGGGAAUCGCUUUUCCGACCUGUCUUUCGGUGAACAACUGUAUCUGCCAUUUUUCGCCCUCGAAGAAUGACCCAGAUUAUACCUUGAAGGCAGGUGAUGUGGUUAAAAUUGACCUUGGAGCGCAUAUUGACGGUUUCAUCGCAGUGGCGGCACACACCAUCGUAGUUGGGGCCAAUGCGGAAAACAAAUGCAAAGGUCGUGCCGCCGAUGUCGUGCUAGCAGCACACUAUGCCAGCCAAGCCGCUCUCCGGCUGCUGAAGGACGGUACGAGCAACUACGCCGUGACGGAAGCCGUGCAAAAGAUUGCCAACGAGUACAAAUGCAAACCGAUCGAGGGCAUGCUGAGCCAUCAACUCAAGCAGUUCAAGAUCGACGGUGAGAAGACUAUCAUCCAGAAUCCGACGAUUGCCCAGAAGAAGGAACACGAAAAAUGUCAGUUCGAGAAGUACGAAGUGUACGCAAUGGAUGUUCUGGUUAGCACUGGAGAGGGCCUGGGCAAAGAACUGGGUACUAAAGUUUCGAUCUACAAGAAAACCGAGGAGAAUUACUUGCUCAAACUGAAGGCAUCUCGUUCGUUUUACGCCGAGGUGAAGAAAAAGUAUGGUUCAAUGCCAUUCAACUUGCGUAAUUUCGAGGAGGAAGCCAAGGCGAAAAUGGGAGUAAAUGAGUGCGUAACCCACAAAUUGGUUGAGCCAUUCCAAGUAUUAUAUGAAAAACAUAAUGAAAUUGUCGCCCAGUUCAAGAAUACCGUACUGAUUCUGCCGAAUGGUCUGCAAAUCGUCACCAGCAAUCCGUUCGAUUUGACCAGUUUCGAAAGCGAACACAGCGUACAGGACGAGGCGAUGAAGAAGCUGCUGGAAAGUGAGUUGGUACUGGCCGACGCUAAGCGGUCUGCAGUAGCCAAUCUGGUCAAAGCGGCUUCUGGCAGUGCUGCUGGUAGUACUGGACCGGCAGCCAGUACCAGCACCCCUCCGGCCGAUGGCACUCAGCAAGCCGGCAGUGGAGCUGCUAAGGAUAAAAAGAAAAAGAAGAAGAAGAAGGCUGCUGCUGCUGCAGCAGCAGCUAACGCAGAAGCUGGAGCCGGGGAUGUGGCCGCUAACGUCAGCUCGAAAAAGACGACGGAAGCCAAUAAAGAGAACGCCGGAGCCGCAAAGCCAUAGUAAUACCACACAGCUGAGUAUCCCUUCCGAUCCCACUUUCCUAUUUCCGAUGCCUCCUAACGUUCGUUUGUGUAGGGCGUUCUUAAUUGUGUUCUGGCCGAAGUCCUACACCCACCCUUCGCUGUGUCCACUAAGCUUUUCUCUAAGCUCACUCAGUGUUGGAGCAUUCUAAUUCGCAAAUUCUACUUAUAUCCUGGCGGCUUAGAAUAUAGUCUUGGAUUCUCUUCCUGUGACUGACUUGCGUAGUGCUCGUUUGUGCGAGUAAAUGCUGUGAAAGCUUUCUCAGCAACAAAAUAAGGAAGAUGUUACAUUCUUUAGAAUAAGCCUAAUUCGAUGGUUCUUCGUGCGCAGCCGAUUGAUUAGUGGCUGUCGCUCACCGGAAGCGUUAGCAGUAGUCGUGUUGAAAUUUGUGUUUUGUUCCAUAAGCUACAAGAAAGAAAAAAAAACAUUUAAGCAUUGAGAGUGGAUGGUAGUUGAAAAAGUUUUGUUUGAAAAUCCCAGUAAUUGAAAUCCACGUACUAGUAGCGUUCAUACUUUAGUCAAGAGAAAGUAUUUAGGUGACAGCUUGUGAACCAACAAGCUGCAUUACAACAAACAUGGUAAAGCCGCGUCAUUCAUAUUGUAUAAAAGAGUCAUAACCGAUUUGGAGUCGUUUCAAAGAAUGUAAUUUCGUUUUUUCCGAAAUAAAUGACAAAACCAGU